CUGUCUGGGCUGAUCCAUUCUGAGCUGCUAGCUCCUGCUUUACACUCUAUUCUUCACAUUGGCUUAGGAUCAGUCCCCACAUACAUAGCAACUUUCCUGUCCCUACUUGAGCAACAGAAUUACCUUCAGUUUGCAAAAACCCUGAAUGUUUAUUUGUAACUUUCCAGGAUGGAAGAAGCUGAAUUGAUGAAGGAGAGACUGCUAGCCAUUACUGACAAGAGAAAAUUGCAAGAAGAUAUUGCUCAGAAACGUCUUAAAGUUGAAGAAGAGAAAUUAAAGCUACACCAUUUAAAGAAAAAAGCUCUAAGGGAAAAAUGGCUAUUGGAUGGAUUAAGUGCACUGACGCCAGAGGAGCAAGAGGACAUGGUGAAACAAAACCAGCUUGACCAGGAACAAAUAAAACAUUUGGACAUCAAUGUCACCAGGCCGUAAAGGCAGAAGCUAUAGAAGUAGAAGCAGUUAAAACGGAUAUAUAUGCAGGUAUACCUGACCUUCCUGCAUCAUAUAAACCAACGUUUAUCAGGAGGAUGGAGAGCACCCAAAACGAGAAUGGAGAGGAGCAGAGAAAAGCUUUAUUUGCCAUGGAAAUCAAAGUUGCCAAGGAUAAGAAAACGGGAGAAAGCACGGUGUUGUCCAGUAUACCCGUUUCUUCCGCUGAACUCAAAGACGCAGGAGUGAAAGUUUAUGACGAUGGAAGGAAAUCGGUGUAUGCCAUGGACAGAGAGGGAAAUGUGACACAAAAUGGAGUUGACACCUUGGCCCCAGUUGAAGUAGAAGAUCUGUUAAGGAAAGCAACUGAAAAAAGCUCAAAGUCUCCCACUGAGUAUCAUGAACCUGUAUAUUCCACUCAGUAUAACAAUGUUUCCUCUUAUGGUCAAAUCUCACCAAGAACAAACGGGCACCAUUCACCCCUCCAAGAGAUUAAUGGAAAUGUUCAUGGUCAGACUGUGUUCUCAAAGAGUAUUAUGAAUGGGACAAAAACAGGAGAAACGCAAUCCUAUCCAGACAUAUCAAGACAAAUCUCUCAAACUAGAGAAAGUGUGGAAGAGCCAAAAAAUUCCCCGAGCACGUCAAGUGGGUUGAAACAAAGCCAACAAGCAAUAGAAGAAAAGAAGGAAUUGUAUAGUAAACCAACAGAUAAUUCCCACCAGGCCAUGUCUACAGACUCGGGGUACACUACAGAACACCCUUCCUCAGCAUAUGAAGAGGAUACGCGCUACAGCAUCGUUCAUGCAACACCGUGUAUUGUCGAUGAUUCCGAACCAGUUACUAUGAUUUUUAUGGGAUACCAGCAUGCCGAUGAAAGUGAUGCCAAACCCAUUUCAGAUUAUGAAGGGAUCAUCCGGGCUGAGCUAGUUAUCAUUGAUGAUGAUAAUGAAGAGGAAAUUAAACUUGAUGAAGAAAAUGUCACAAAAGGGAUUUCCAUUCCCCCCAUCGCUCAGCGAAAGCAAAUACUUCAGAAUGAUACACAAAAUAUCACAGUACAAAAACUACCAAAUCAAAAUAUAAUUAUGAGAAAUCAGAUACCCUAUAAGAAUUCCAUAUCUUUACAAGAACAAGAAGCGAGCUUAAGCCAUUCUAACUAUUCUCAGUAUACCAGGCAGACAAUAGAUGAUGGUACUGAAGAUCCGUCUUUAACAGCGCUGAGAAUCCGGAUGGCGAAACUGGGAAAAAAAGUAAUUUAACGAAAGCAAUUGUAUAUGGACCAGGGAAGAAUAUGACCAGAAAAUCAUAAAUCACUGCGUAGAAUUGUGUAUUUUUUAUAUGAACUGUUAUAUUGUAUACUUCUAAUUGCUUUGGUGAAUAAAUACGCUAUGCAAGUUAAUAUGA